AUGAGGUUCACUAGUGCAGUUUCGAGCGGUGCUAUCUUUUCUGUGUCUGCUCUUCUUGCUUCAGCGCAUGUAGGUCCGGGCCUCGUGUACCAUGACAAUGGCGCCAAGAAGCUCGAAUCGCGUGAUUAUCACAUGGGUCGUUUCAUGGCGCGCGCUAGGCCUUCGAACGCUGCGCAAAUGGCCAAAGUAUCCGAUCCGACAAAGGAAUGCUCCUACUAUGGAUUACCGGAAUCGUCCGAGCUUAGUUCAGCUUAUCCCAGGGAUGGCACCAUUGCUACAAUUGUGGAUGGUGACGAGCAGGCCAAACAAGUUUGGCAAGAGAUUCAAAGUUCUGGUGUAAUUCCUCACGGUGCAAGUCCCAAAGCGGGAACGCAGGACCAUAUGGGCUUGUCACCGAAUGCCUUAAGCCAAUAUGAUACCAACUCUGAUCCAGACUGCUGGUGGUCUGCCACUCGCUGCACAAGCCCCAAGAAGAGCAAAUUGUCACAUGAUAUCGUGACAUGCCCAGAGCCAAGUACAUGGGGUCUCACUUUUGAUGAUGGCCCGAAUUGCUCGCACAAUGCGUUCUAUGAUUUCUUGAAAGAAAAGAAAAUUCGGGCUAGUCUUUUCUACAUCGGAUUAAAUGUAAAAAAUUGGCCACUCCAAGCACAGCGUGGCCUUGCUGAUGGACAUGACAUUUGCGUUCACACCUGGUCGCAUCACUACAUGACGACUUUGAGUGACGAGCAAGUGUUUGCUGAGCUUUAUUACACCAUGCGAAUCAUCAAAGAUGUAGUUGGUGUAACGCCUCAAUGCUGGCGACCUCCUUUCGGCGACGUUGACAACCGUGUACGUGCAAUUGCCGAUGGACUCGGCUUGCGUACUAUUAUUUGGUCCGAUGACACCAAUGAUUGGAACAUCAAACCUUCGGGCGAACUUCCGAAAAGUAAGAUCGAUCGUAAUUACGAAGAUAUCAUAAACAAGGGCAAGGAUGGCUCUGGUGUUGUGGUUCUAAGCCAUGAAAUUCGCGCAGAUACCAUGAACGAAUUCAUGGAAAUGUAUCCAAAAAUUCAACAAGCAUACAAGCAUGUCGUUCCUUUAACGGCUUGUAUGAAUGUAUCUCAUCCAUACGCCGAGAACAAUAUCAGCUAUCGAUCUUUCGCUGAAUACACCAGCGGGAACAUCAGGGCGAAAGGCCUCCCAUCCUUAAAGGACAUGAGCGUCAAUCCUAAGUCCAAGCUCCAGAUCACCCCCGUAAGCAAACAAAAGUCGGGAUUCUCACCAUCGUCCAAAUAA